AUGGACAAUCCAUCUCUCGUUACGCCUUGGGACAUGGCUGCUCCCAGUGCACCCCGGCGUGAGCCUUAUUUUCCAGAGUUGCACAGCGCCACGGCUGAAAAUGAAAAUGCGCCCCUUGAUCGCUCUCGUGGACGACUUCAACGAAUUCAAGACCGGCUGUUUUAUUCUCCUAACUGUAGUGAUGAUAUUCAAACUCCUCCAAACUGUGUUGAUCUUCGAAGCCCGGAAAGUCCCACUGUACACUUCCAUGAAAAUCUGUCUGCCAUGAUCCACGUACCUCAUUGGUGGACACAGGUGUUUGGGUGGAUGGCAUUCAUACCUAAAUGUGCUCACCUUGAAGGUGCUUUACUUGGCAUUCUUGCUCACAUACGCAGUGAUUUCGAUCAAGUCGAUGGCAAGUACCAGUUGCCUGCCCACGUUAUGAACGGAUGGCGAAAUGCAGAAUGUUGGAUGGUCAACGCAAUGAAAGGCUUGAGUAGAUUUGGAGCACUCGCUCCCGCAUAUCCUUCUGCACGAGGAUAUCUGAGGGCACAUGCAUCACCUUCCAUUGCAUGGAGGGAAGCACAUGCCGCUAGAGAAAUCUUUCUUCUGUGGAUUGGUCUCUUCUCUUACGCAGUCGCAAGAGCCGAUUCAACAUCGUAUCAAGAAUGGAACUCCUUUCUGGUUGAAAAGCUGCAGUUCCAUCCUUCAAUUAUUGACCUCAUUCGUGCAUCUGAUAUUGGCACUUGUACCCACGAGAGUCGGCGUGUGGGCACAUUUAUACAUCUGAACAAUACCGACAUUAGACACACCUGCCAACCAUCUGUCCGAUGGUUUGUCGAUCAUAAUAUUCCUGUCUGGUACCAAUGGGACAAGUAUGAGAUUAAGAGAGCUGAGGGAAAUCCUUAUUUAUCAUCAAUAGGCCCUCUGCCUCAUCAAAUCGAGUUUCAAAGGGAGGAAGCUCUUUCCCACAUACCAACAAAUCUCGCUAAGAAGUACCCGAACCAGAUUUGGGAACAUUUUUUCCAGAAACGCAGGGAGUGCUUAACCCGAUUGCUCUUUCUUGAGAAGCCAUCUGAACGUGAGAGAAGGUUGAAUCGAGAACAGAUACCACCAACAAAGACUGCACAGGUCUUUGUGUGGGACAGAGAUCCUGAUCAUCUUGUUCGUGAGGAGGUUUUUGUAAGAGAACGUGAGGAAACUUUGGCAGAAUAUGGCUCUCAGCAAAAAGUCUAUAGCUCAUUCUGGAAUCAGUGGGACUGUUGCUGUGCAUUUGGACCACCAGAUGCAUCUAGCAGUCAGGAAGAUGAAGAUGCAUAUAAAGAUGCUGAUCCUUUCCAAAAUCCCAAGCAGUAUGAUGAGGUGAUUGAACAACCCCCACUACAACAACCCAUGAUUCAGCCCAUGACCGAAGAAGACUAUGAGAAUGCCAAUACAUUGCCUGACCACUACCAGGACACUCUGAAGGGCCCAAGGUGCACCUUACAAGGUCUGAUCGAUCAAGUACAACACAUCAUGCAUGAACGUUAUGGAUUGGUCACUCCACAAACCUUCAACUCUCAAGGAUUACCCUCUUUGACUAGUAAACAUCGAAAGUUUUGGCUCCGAUGGAUUGGUCGAUUGCCAACAAAUAAAAAUGAAGAUGUGUUACAUCAAUUCUGGAAUUUGGACCUUGUUAGGUUUUGGGUUGCCUUCACGGAAGAACUGCAGUGUCGCCAAAACAUUCAAAAUAUCAACUGUGAUAUUAACAUGUAUCAUGCUGAUUCCUUAACAAAAUCCAAACGCCUUCAACAGAUCUGUCAUGUGAUCAAUAUUCGUGACAAUGAACGGCAUGAUUUCAAUCACCCAUACAAAGAUGAUAGAAAACACAUCAAAACCUGGUAUAUCUUUGACUUUGGAGUAGAAGCCACAGUGCCAUGGAAAUUGGCAGUCACAUCAGCAUCAGAUGCAUUGCUUGUCUGUAGACUUGAUGAUCGAUUCCUGGAUAUUGAUAUUGCUAGGUAUCUGGCAGGUCGUGACAUUGCAUUUCGAACG